AUGGAGAUCCUCACCUUUGAGGUGGUAGACAUCGUAGGGUCUUACCACAUGAUCUUCGGGAGGCCAUGUUACGCGAAAUUUAUGGCGAUCCCAAACUACACCUACCUUAAUCUCAAGAUCCCCGGGCCACAUGGCGUGAUCACGGUUAGCGCCAACCACGAGUUUGCGCUUCUCUGUGACAUGGAGAACUGCGAGCUGGUGAUGCAGAUGAUCCGCACCCUCAAGUCCUUCGAAAUUCAGCAGGUCACGGGGGAGGUCGCCCCGGACUCCAACAAGGCCUCAACAUCGGGGGCAUUCAAGCCCACGCGGGACACCAAGGCGGUCCAGAUCGACCUCGAGGACUCCAACAGGGUGGCACAGAUCGGCACCAUGCUGGAUACUAGUCCUGUCAAACAGCGUCUGCGUUGCUUCAAUAACGAGAAGCGGAAGGCCAUUGGCAAAGAAAUCGCCCACCUCCUCACUGCCGGGUUCAUCAAGGAGGCCUUCUACCCUAAGUGGUUCGCUAACCCCAUGGUGGUGAAGAAGAAGAAUGGCUUUUGGCGCAUGUGUGUGGACUACACGAGCCUGAACAAGAUCGCGAUGAUGGAAUCCGACCAGCUCGCGACCUCCUUCAUCACCCCGUUCGGCGCAUACUGCUACAUCACAAUGCCGUUCAGUCUCAAGAAUGCAGGCUCCAAGUACUGCUACGUUUACAAUGCCCCUGCACAAGUGGUCAGCGCGGCCCUCGUCAUGGAGCACGAAGAGCUUGGGCAUGUCCUCAAGGUGCAGAGGCCGGUGUACUUCAUCAGUGAAGUGCUGUCUGACACAAAGCGCAAGCUCCUCCACUACUUCGAGAGCCACCUGAUCAUGGUGGUGAUGUCGGUGCCAUUGGGGGAGAUCAUCCAGAACUGCGACACCUCGGGUCGCAUGGCCAAGUGGGCAAUGGAGCUUAUGGGCUACCAGAUCAGCUACGUGCCGAGGUCCGUGAUCAAAUCGCAGGUCCUCAAAGACUUCGUUGCGGAGUGGACUGAGGCCUAG